AGACCAACCCAACUGGCACUUUAUGCUAACUCGAUUGCUGUACAUGACGACAAAAUUAGUCUAAGAUUUCCCUCUGAUUUAUCUUUUGUUCUUUCCCCCCGAUUCUUUAAAAACCACUCUCAAUAUACACACAUUUUACUCACACCCAUCUCAAUUCACAAAUUAACAACAUUUCUUCUUUUUGUUCGUUCGUUCCUUCUUGAUUAAAUUAGAAAAAAACCCAAAAAAUGGAACAAGUUUUUGGUUCAGAAAGCAGCAGUGGAUGUGAAUCUGGGUGGACUCUGUACUUGGAACAUUCUCAAAAAAGCCACAAGAAUGAAGAUGAUUUCGUUUGUAAAAACGCUUCAUUUUCAUAUGAAGUUGAUGAAGAACAAGAAGAAGAAGAAGACAUGUCAAUGGUCUCAGAUGCAUCCUCUGGGCCACAACAUUUUCCAGAACAAGAAGAUGAAUGCUUCAAAUUCAACAAUGGCGGUGCUUACACAAACGGGAAAACGCGAAAGAAUUUGAAUAUUCCUAAAGAAUCACAACAGAAACCUUCUUUUCUGGAUGAUACCGCCAGUUCCCCCUUCUUCAACUUCUCAAAUAACAAUCUAACAGUGCCCACCAACAAAGCUAGUUCAAAUGAUAUUAUAGACUACUCGCAGGGCUACUCCACAACCUACUUUAAGGAAGAAUCUGCAUUUGAAGACCACUUGGGCUUUUUCCACCCUAUCUCUGGUGCUCAGCUUCAACAAAACCAAUGGUUAGAAGACAAGAGGUGGGCUUGAAGCUUCAAGAACUGACCGGCAUGGUUUAGGAAUUCAGAUCCAAAAAGAGAGAUCUUGUUCCUGUUUUCCCCUUCCUUUUUCAAUUUUUUAUAUUUUUUAGAUUUUAAAUUUGUUAAUUGCAAUGAAAACGGGGAAAAGGUUUCUGUGCUCAUCAGAAAUUACUUUUCUUAUUUCUCCAACUCUAGUUCCUAGAGUAAAAUCUUGAAUCAUCUUGAAUGUUUAUUUGAUAAAGGUUUGCGUGUGAAAAGGUUGUUCAUAAAAAAUAAA